GUUCAUGUUGACCGUGCUACUGAGUGCUCUUGUGGCACCGGCGAUUGUCAGUGCCGCAUGUGGCCAGUGUGUGGAUGCGCACAGUUGCAUCGGUGAAUCGGAGUUCCAGUUGUGCUACGAUGGUGUCCGGGACCAGACUAUCAACUACACCUGCCCCGCAUCGAAACCCAUUUGCACAACCUACGGGAUUAUUUGUAUGCCCAACGCCACGAAUAUAGAACGCGGCUGUGGUGAUGUCUCCAAUUGCGGUGUUUGCUCAGAAUCCGCAACUUUUGCCUGUACUUCAAGGACCACAUUUGCUGUUUGCAACGGUGAUGUUGUUUCCGCCAAUAGUUUCGACUGUGCAGAGGAUUUUGUAUGUAGUGUUAAAAAUGCAGUCAGUGGAAGUCCUUGUGUUUCCCGGUGCGACUCUUCCGACUCAGAUAUUUGUGAUCGAGUUUUGGAACCCGACGUGGAAACCACCACUACAUCAGUGACUCCCACUGUCACAACCCCUGUCACACCCACUGAGACUAGCACAGACCCAUCCACAGUCACCACUGAUUCAUCGACAGGAUCAACUGGGGAUACCUCCACUGGAUCUUCUUCCGUAACUUCGUCGGACACACCAACGGACAGCACCGUGACUGUUACUGAUUCAGGAAGCACUACCCAAAGUACUGCAACAACUCCAGCCUUCAAUGAAGACACCUAUUGCCAAGAGAUCAACUCAACGGGUCGCUAUCCCAUACCCAAUGAUACAGUGUGCACUAGCUACAUCUACUGUAUUCUCAGGAGUGGAAGCUGGACAGGAUUGUUUUAUAAUUGCACCGUGCAGAAACCCUAUUUCGAUGCUGAUAUCUUCAGCUGUGGUACUGUUAAACCAUCUUAUGCCGGAUGCACUAAUUUAGUCUAAAUCGAUAUAAUAUGUUACCUUAAUAAAUAGUACGCCAUUUUAUUUAGUAAACGAAAUUAAAAACGGAACUUUAA